AUGAAUCAGCUCUUCUACGAUCAAGUGGCUGGCUGCACUCACCGACUGCAACUGGGCACCAAGGACCUGCUGCACGCCUUCGACGAAGUUGUCAAAGAGAAACUGCUAGCACGAGACUUCUUUUGGUCCAGGAAAGAUGCUACUCAACCAGACGAGAAACACAUUCGGGUCACAUCGCACUCCUUUCCUCGUCGCCCCGAACCGCCCCAUGGUCUCCUAGUAUUCGGCCGGCAAACACUUUCCAAUAUCUAUCCCUAUAUAUGCAUGUGCAUAGCAUUAAAGGAGACAAAAUCUCUGAAGUAUAUUUUUGUGAAUCUGAAAGAACAACGAACAGGUCGAAGAAAGAUGAAACUAUUGUCACUGUAUUAA